GACUCAUUCUGCGUCGACCGAUGUGCGUAAAACAGCGCGGCUGCACCUGUUUCAAUGGCUUGGUGAUUUACGCCCAAAAGCGGCGUACCCGAUGCAUGUUCAUCGUGUCGAUUAGAAUGAAGAACUAAGUCCAACUUACAGACUCGCUGAGAUGUCAGCGCUUUUACGACCUGCCGGCGGUCCACACCGUUCCCUGGUUCGGAGAUGGAGUCUCCUUGUAGCGGUAUUAAUUCUGUCUGUUAUGGCAAGUUACGUGUCUGCAUCUGUCGUCCGUACCGGCCAGGGAAACGGCACGACUACUCGGACCGAUUCCAAAACAAACGGCACAAGUCAUCACACGAAAAAGGCCUUUCCAGUCCUCUCUAUCAAUUAUGACUAUGUUCGGAUGCCUUUCGAGAUAUCUCUAUGGAUAUUACUUGCUUCAUUAAUGAAAUUGGGCUUCCACCUGGUCCCGCGGCUGUCUGGUGUGGUGCCCGAGAGCUGCCUUCUCAUCGUGGUGGGCCUGCUGGUGGGCGGUCUCAUCAAGCUGAUGGGCGAGAACCCGCCCGUGCUGGACUCCAAGCUCUUCUUCCUGUGCCUGCUGCCGCCCAUCAUUCUGGACGCCGGCUACUUCCUGCCCAUCCGGCCCUUCACGGAGAACACCGGCACCAUUCUGAUGUUCGCCGUGGUGGGAACGCUGUGGAACGCCUUCUUCGUGGGCCUGAUUCUGUACGGCGUGUGCCAGGCUACAGGUGGGGAGCUGAGGGAGGUGGGCCUGCUGGCGUGCCUGAUCUUCGGCUCCAUAGUGUCAGCGGUGGACCCGGUGGCGGUGUUGGCUGUGUUCGAGGACAUCCAAAUCAACGAGCUGCUGCACAUCAUUGUGUUCGGAGAGUCUCUGCUCAAUGAUGCGGUCACUGUGGUCCUCUACCAUCUGUUUGAGGAGUUUGCUAACGCGGGCACGGUGACGCUGGUGGACGCCUGCCUGGGGGUGGCCUGCUUCCUGGUGGUGUCGCUGGGCGGGAUCCUGGUGGGCGCCAUUUACGGGGUGUUGGGAGCUUUCACCUCGCGAUUCACCUCCCACACACGCGUCAUCGAGCCUCUCUUCGUCUUCCUCUACAGCUACAUGGCCUACCUGUCUGCUGAGGUGUUCCAUCUGUCCGGCAUCAUGAGUCUGAUUUCAUGUGGUGUGGUGAUGCGGCCUUAUGUGGAGGCCAACGUAUCCCACAAGUCCUACACCACCAUCAAGUACUUCCUGAAGAUGUGGAGCAGUGUGAGUGAGACGCUCAUCUUCAUCUUCUUGGGAGUGUCAACGGUGGCUGGGCCACACUCGUGGAACUGGACCUUCAUCAUCGUCACCAUCUUCCUCUGCCUCCUCUCGCGAGUGCUCGGAGUUGUUGGCUUAACCUUAGUUAUCAACAGAUUUCGCAUUGUAAAACUGACCGGUAAAGAUCAGUUCAUAGUUGCGUAUGGUGGCCUGCGGGGGGCGAUAGCAUUCUCUCUGGUGUUCCUGCUGCCUGAAGAUCACUUUCCAAUGAAGAAUAUGUUCCUAACAGCCAUCAUCACCGUGGUCUUCUUCACUGUGUUUGUUCAGGGGAUGACCAUCCGGCCACUGGUGGAGCUGCUGGCCGUGAAGAGAAAGAAGGACACCAAGAGCUCCAUCAACGAAGAGAUCCACAUUCAGUUCCUGGAUCAUUUACUCACUGGCAUCGAGGAUGUGUGUGGACACUAUGGGCACCACCACUGGAAGGAUAAGCUGAGCCGUUUUAACAAGUCCUAUGUGAAGCGGUGGCUGAUAGCGGGCGAGCGCUCCAUGGAGCCCCAGCUCAUCUCCUUCUACCACAAGCUGGAGCUCAGGCAGGCCCUCACACUGCUGGAGGGUGGAGGCGCCGCCGUCAACGUGUCCAUGCAGAAUAUCCAGCCCAGGAGGCCCUCUCCAGAGCGUCUCAUUCCCCACAUGCCUAAAGGUCGGGAGGAGGAGAUCAGGAAGAUCCUCAGGACCAACCUGCAGAACACCAGACAAAGGCUGCGCUCCUACAGCAGGCACACGCUAUUCGAAGAUCCCCUGGAGGAGGAGGAGGAGGACUAUAGUGAGGUCCAGAUGAGGAAGAAGAGAGUGGAGAUGCACAGAAGAAUGAGUCAUUACUUAACAGUUCCAGCUAAACCACAGACCCCACCUGCCAGGAGAGUGAGAUUUGAGUCAGACAACCAGGUGUUUGGCUCCACCCCCACCUCCACCCCUAGCUCCAGGUUCCAGGUGUCCUUGGUCCCGUCCAUCCAAGUGAGCCGGGCCCCCAUCGCUCGCAUGGAGCAGAUGUCCCAGGAGUCGGUCAGCCUAGUGGAUGAAUCGUCCCAGCAGCAGGACUCUGAGGGGAAAGGCGCCUCGGGCAGCGAUGGCAGCCUUGGGGCAGAGCUGAGCGUGAUCCGCGGAGAGAUGGACAACCUGAGGCUCCCACGCUGCUUUAGUGACCCGGGCCCCAACAAGAUAGAAGAGGAAGAUGAGGACGAGGAGGAGCACUUCAUGUCUUGAUGCUAGGAAGGUGUGUUGGUGUGUGUGUAUUAAAGGUUGUUUUGCAGAUCUGUGUGUGAAGGCAUGCAUCUGUGGAAAAAAUAGGACAAAUAUAAAGAGAUACCAAUAUCUGACACAGUCCCACAAAUACACAAGAAGCACAUCAUUACGGACAAAACUGAAGAGCAAGGAAGCACUUUUCUUCAUGAUUUUUCGCAUAUUGUGUUUGUGUGUGUGUGGUUCAACUGCACUAAUGUUCUAUCUCACUACGUGUCUUGGGGGAGUAAUGAGUUUAUCUGUGUCUAAAAUGGUGGCUCAUGUAGUGAUUGUGGUGCUUCAGAACAAUACAGUACAGAGCCAAAGGCUUCAAACUACGUCUUCCAUGAUGCAUGAUUUCUGAAAUAGCAACAUUCUCAGGGACUGUAUGAAUAAAUGUGUGUAUGUGUGUGUGUGUGAUUGUCUGUAUAUCUGACUACUUUAUGUGUUUUGUGGUUGUGUGAAUGAGCAUCAAAAAUGGGUGUGUACGUCUGUAGCCUACUGAUAAGCAUGACCGUUAUACACACUCACACUGCACCAGAGUUUGCAUUUGCCUUUAUUCGCCAAGCAGAUGUGUGGGCGAAAAGUUCUCUUUGCAGAAAAUUCAAAGAGGCAAACAUAAUGGCAAUGAACUGGUUGCCAGUUUGCUUUUGAAUGUAAAGAGUGAAGUUGAAGCCACUGCUGUUAGCCAAUGCUAAUUUUGAGAAUACCUCUCUGGUAGCCUGCAGCCGCCUCCACCACAUCACCUGCCUCCUAUUGUUCUUCGAACACGUUGUGGAGGUUCACUUUGAAAACAAAUCCACAGGGAGAUCACACACUAAAAACCCACACAUGGCCUUGCUUGAUGAACUACGCACAAAUCCUCUCAUGCCAAGCUAACCACUUUAUUUUAAUCUUUAUGUAUUUUUGUAUAAAAAAAAUGUUAAGUAUGGGUUGCCAAAGACAUUUUGUAAAACAUGAUGUGAUUUCAAUUUUGAAAUUCAGUUGUAUUAAAAAGAAGCAACAUGUUCAUUAAUUUGGCCAUUUGUAAUGCAUUUCUCUCUGUGACUAUGAAAUAAAAACAUUCAAAGCCUC